AUGUAUUGCCCCACUACCCACUAUCCCCUCUCCCCACCAUCUCCUCUCUCCCCACUCUCUCCCCAUUCCCACUCUCCCCAUUCCCACUCUCCCCAUUCCCACUCUCCCCAUUCCCACUCUCCCCAUUCCCACUCUCCCCAUUCCCCUCUCCCCAUUCCCACUCUCCCCAUUCCCACUCUCCCCAUUCCCACUCUCCCCUCCCCUCCCCAUUCCCACUCUCCCAUUCGCCUCUCUCCCCAUUCCCACUCUCCCUCCCCAUUCCCACUCUCCCCAUCCCACUCUCCCCAUUCCCACUCUCCCCAUUCCCACUCUCCUCCCCAUUCCCACUCUCCCCAUUCCCACUCUCCCCAUUCCCACUCUCCCCAUUCCCACUCUCCCCAUUCCCACUCUCCUCCCCAUUCCCACUCUCCCCCAUUCCCACUCUCCCCAUUCCCACUCUCCCCAUUCCCACUCUCCCCAUUCCCACUCUCCCCAUUCCCACUCUCCCCCAUCCCACUCUCCCCAUUCCCCCACUCUCCCCAUUCCCACUCUCCCCAUUCCCACUCUCCCCAUUCCCACUCUCCCCAUUCCCACUCUCCCCCAUUCCCCCACUCCCCAUUCCCACUCUCCCAUUCCCACUCUCCCCAUUCCCACUCUCCCCAUUCCACUCUCCCCCAUUCCCACUCUCCCCAUUCCCACUCUCCCCAUUCCCACUCUCCCCAUUCCCACUCUCCCCAUCCCCACUCUCCCCAUUCCCACUCUCCCCAUUCCCACUCUCCCCAUUCCCACUCUCCCCCACUCUCCCCAUUCCCACUCUCCCCAUUCCCACUCUCCCCAUUCCCACUCUCCCCAUUCCCACUCUCCCAUUCCCACUCUCCUCCCCCCCAUUCCCACUCUCCCCAUUCCCACUCUCCCCUCUCCCCAUUCCCACUCUCCCCCCAUUCCCACUCUCCCCAUUCCCACUCUCCCCAUUCCCACUCUCCCCAUUCCCACUCUCCCCAUUCCCACUCUCCCCAUUCCCACUCUCCCCCCAUUCCCCUCUCCUCCCCUUCCCCUCUCCCCCAUUCCCACUCUCCCCAUUCCCACUCUCCCCAUUCCCACUCUCCCCAUUCCACUCUCCCCAUUCCCACUCUCCCCCUCUCCCAUUCCCACUCUCCCCAUUCCCACUCUCCCCAUUCCCACUCUCCCCAUUCCCACUCUCCCCAUUCCCACUCUCCCCAUUCCCACUCUCCCCAUUCCCACUCUCCCAUUCCCACUCUCCCCAUUCCCACUCUCCCCAUUCCCACUCUCCCCAUUCCCACUCUCCCUCCUCCCCCAUUCCCCUCCCCAUUCCCACUCUCUCCCACUCCCCCAUUCCCACUCUCCCCAUUCCCACUCUCCCCAUUCCCACUCUCCCCCCCAUUCCCACUCUCCCCAUUCCCCUCUCUCCCCAUUCCCACUCUCCCUCCCCAUUCCCACUCUCCCCAUUCCCACUCUCCCCAUUCCCACUCUCCCCAUUCCCUCUCCUCCCCCAUUCCCACUCUCCCCAUUCCCACUCUCCCCAUUCCCACUCUCCCCAUUCCCACUCUCCCCCCCAUUCCCACUCUCCCCAUUCCCACUCUUCCCUCCCCCCACGCUCCCCUCCUCCACGCAUCCCUUUCCCCCCCCCCACGCAUCCCCUCCCCACUCCCCCCCCCCUCUCCCCACCCCACCCCCCCUCUCCCCACCCCACCCCCCCUCUCCCCACCCCACUCCCCCCUCUCCCCACCCCACUCCCCCCUCUCCCCCCCCACUCCCUCCCCCCCCCCACUCCCCCCUCUCCCCACCCCACUCCCCCCUCUCCCCACCCACCCCACUCUGUCCUUCACCUUUCUCGCUCUGUCAAGUUGGCUGAGCCAACAUAGCGAAUCUAACAUUGCGUGCGUGAAUGCAUGGUCUUAUGUCUGA